AUGAAGCAGGCUCCGCCAGACCUGGCACGGGCCUCGGUGGGCCAUCUACUCUCGAAGGCGUACUCGCUGCCAUGCUCGACGGCUACGCAGGGCUUCACGCAGCUCGUGGCCCCGAUGAGCCGGUUCCAGGUCGCGUUGGACGUGCUGCUGCCGUUGCUGUACGCUCCUGCAGAGCCCGCGCAACGGAUCCUCGUCUCGUACAUCCUCUACUCGCUCUAUGCGCCGCACUCUAUCGCCAUCAAUCCCUUUCAAUCCGCGCUCCGUGCGACGUUCGUCAAGGAGCGCGAGGCGUCCAUCCACGUCGCGGCGCAGGGCGGCGUGAGCGAGACCGAACAACUAGUGUGGGUGCUGUGGAAGAUCCUCAGGGGAGAUGGCAGUGAUAUCGGUCCGUUCUCGCCGUCCACCUUGGCGCGCUCGCCGCUGCCCCCGAAGCUAAGGGCGGCAAACUUGGCUCUUGAAGACGAGGCGGAACGCGCGCGAUUUGAUCUGAAUGGCGCCGCCAGCGCUGAGUCGCAGGUCACGCCGGAACAGGAUGCGGAGAGGCAGCGACUGUCGGACGCGAUGACUCUGUUACUGGCGGCGCGCGAUCGCGUCUUGACUUUAUCGGAACAACGUGUCCUGCUCCCGGUCCUCCCGCAACUGACCUCUGCACCGGUUAUCACCGCCAUGGACCUACCUUCACUGAUCUCCUAUAACCCUUCGAUCGCACACCCUCUGUUUGCCGCCCUUCUCUCGUCUGCCGCCACUAACAACCAAGAUCCUGUCUUGUAUCUCGAAGCCUUGAAGCACCUCCCGCCGAUCUUGCCCUCCUUUGAUCUCAUUGGGCGGCUCCUGCGCGAUCCUACGACCGUGCUGGACAUCACCACAGGGGGGAAGACGACCGUCGCGGACCUGGUGCGCGCGGAGGUGCUCGGCUGGUUCCUCCACUCGUGCAUCACCUGGCUGGAUAGGGCGGAGGAGGACGAGCGCGCGGGGGAGGUGAGCGACGACCGCUUCGGCAAGGGCGUGCAGAACCUGUGCCGGUUCUUCGCCUCCCUCAUCAAGUUCUCGAUCAUCGACCCCGCCUCGGACGCGGACUCGGCAGAGAUGGCGCACUUCACUUUGCGCAACGCACGCUUCGAGGAGGCGCAAUCGCUCUAUCGCGUGCUCGUCACGGGCAAAUUCUGA